AUGCAGGCCUGUCGCAGCGCCGGGCUCGCUCGGGGUCUGGGGGCAGUGACGUUGCCCUGGUUGUGGGGGUCGUGCCGCCGCUCCCUGUCCCUAGUGUGCGCAGGCAGCGCGCCGCGCGCAGGGGACUGGCGGCCCUCGGCCGGGCUAGGGUCGCGCGCGCGCCGGCUCAGCCUGUCGGCAGCGACAAUAGUUAACUCGGCGCCCCGCCCCCUACAGCCCUACCUGCGUCUCAUGCGGUUGGACAAGCCCAUUGGAACCUGGCUGCUGUACCUGCCAUGUACCUGGAGCAUCAGCUUGGCAGCUGAGCCAGGUUGUUUUCCAGACUGGUACAUGUUAUCGCUCUUUGGUACUGGAGCUGUUCUGAUGCGUGGAGCAGGCUGUACUAUAAAUGACAUGUGGGACCGUGACUAUGAUAAAAAGGUUGCAAGGACAGCAAAUCGCCCAAUUGCUGCUGGAGACAUUUCAACUCUUCAGUCCUUUGUUUUUCUUGGGGGACAGUUGACCUUGGCAUUGGGUGUUCUCCUGUGUCUGAAUUACUACAGUAUAGCUCUGGGAGCAUCAUCCCUGCUUCUUGUCAUCACCUACCCACUAAUGAAAAGAAUUACAUACUGGCCUCAACUAGUCUUGGGGCUGACUUUUAACUGGGGAGCUUUACUUGGAUGGUCUGCUAUCAAGGGCUCCUGUGACCCAUCUGUUUGCCUGCCUCUUUAUUUUUCUGGAAUUAUGUGGACACUAAUAUAUGAUACCAUCUAUGCCCAUCAGGACAAAAGAGAUGAUGCACUCAUUGGUCUCAAGUCAACAGCGCUGAGGUUCAGUGAAAACACCAAGCAGUGGCUCAGCGGCUUCAGUCUGGCAAUGCUGGGGGCACUGGGUCUGGUGGGAGUGACCUGUGAGCAGACCCUGCCCUAUUACACUGCUCUGGCUGCUGUAGGAGCCCAUCUGACACGCCAGAUUCACACCCUAGAUAUCCACAGACCAGAGGAUUGUUGGGAUAAAUUUGCAUCCAACCGAACAUUAGGACUUAUAUUAUUUUUAGGGAUUGUCCUUGGAAAUUUGUGGAAAGAAAAGAAAACAGAAGAAACCAAGAAAACUAUAGGUAGUAGAUUAGAAAAUUAG